GCGUGUUCGGUUGGCUCCAAGCGUUAAUCAUUCGAAAUGUCGAACAACUGUAUGAUAACAUUUGAUCAAAAUGAGCAUGGCACCUACUUUACGGGUCAGGUGGUCAGCGGCAAAGCUAUAGUCAAUCUCAAUAAAUCCAAAAAGCUGCGAGGCAUCAAACUAGAAAUAAGCGGAUAUGCCUGUGCUCAAUGGCGCCGUAAGCAUGGCCGUGUGAUGCCCAUGCACCAGGUGAAUGUGAAGCCCGGACGACGACGCUUUGUGGGACGCGAGGAUUAUAUAGCAUCAACUACAUUUCUAAUGGGCUCGGAGCAGGGUCAGGUGUUCAACAUUGACGCGGGCACUUAUACGUACACAUUUGCAUGCCCCAUACCAAGUCAUUGUCCAUCUUCGUUUGAGGGUAUGUAUGGACACAUACGCUACUUGGCCAAAGUGACAUUCAUCAGACCCGGCGCCUCAAAUCGCACCACCAACGUAGGCUUCACUGUGCUCAAGCUCCUCGAUCUGAAUCAGGAGAGCAAAAUGCUGCGCGAGCCGGCCACCAAUGAGGCCAUGGAAUACUUUUGCUUCAUGCACGACAAGCCAGUGCACAUAAAAGCGACGUUGCAACAGCAGGGCUACGUCCCGGGUCAGUUUCUGCUUGUCCAUGCCGAUGUAAGCAAUAACUCCAACUCAGACUGCAAGAAGCUAAUGAUUAUGCUGUAUCUGCGUGCUACCUACACUGCCGAUACGCCAGCCUUCCGCACGGUCUCUGAGAAGAUACUGCUGGCCAAACGGGAGAGUGGUCCGGUGGUGCAUCAUGGCCAGAAAUCAUUCACGGAGUCGCUGCGCAUACCGGCCACAGCUCCAACCUGUGAGCAUCUCAGCAAAAUAGUGCGAGUCUCGUACGAGGUGCGCAUUGUGGCUGUCAUGAAUUGGCUGAUGGCCAAUCCGAAGGUUGUCAUACCCAUUACCAUUGGGAACGUGCCGUUAGCUACUGCUGGACCUGGGCCUGGACCUGGAUCUUCAACUUCACCUCCUUACGCUGAUUUACCUGGCGACUUGCCCUGCACGUCAGCGCGCGCGAUGGCGCUAGCAGGCGCAUCGGGAUUCGGAAACAGUGCCUUUGAGCACACAGAGCUCGAGGACUACGAGUUGCCUGAGGAUGGAGACGAUGAGUUCGAAACCGAGGAGGAUCUGCCGCCAGAACUGCCUCCUCCUACGUAUGAGCAGGCCAUGUUCAUGACCGCUGACAUUGCGGACAACGAUACGAAUACGGUUAGCGAAGCCGCUCGAUUUACGCCCCGCUAUCCCGUCUUUGAUGUUGAUACAUUUCAAAGCCCGCCGCCCAAUCCACCGCAGAAGAAAAGACGUCGUCGUCGCCAUCGCGCUGAGCCACGCCAGUUGACAAAGCAAGCGCUUAAAGCUGAGAGCCAAGAAAAGGAGAGAGAACCGGUUGAGUCACCAGUUCAGAUUUAAAUACGGUGCAGUUUUAUCACAUAAUACUUAUCUUAUCUGUAUUAUGUUUACGUAUUAAAAACCAUUAUUAAAAUAUAGAGUCGUCUGUUUGCGACUAGCGCGAAAUAAACAAACACCGACCACGUCAUGAAACUUAUAAAACAAAAACCUAACAAUAUACACAAAUAUUUGA